CGAAGGCAAGAGGGGUUUGCUGGAUAUUUCCAGAAUAAGACCUUGCUAUUGUAACUGUUAAUAUGAAGGUGAUCUUGGCAUACUUUGACCAACUCUUAUCCAAAAUGCAGUUAUGGCAUAAAUAUUAAUUCUAGGGGUGGGUACCAGUUUUUCCACUGCACAGCCCAGAGCCGUAGCAAUUUGCAAUGGAAAGAGCCAUCCGCGCCUUAGCUUUAAUAUACCACGGCUAUGACAAUAUAAUUAUUUGUACUGGUUUAGUUAACUGGUUUACGGCAAACAGCACUGGGAUUUGUGGUAUAGGCCAUUCACGUCUGUGCAUAAUUUAACAGGUAAAAAUGAAAGUGAAAGUUUUCAACUUCUGAAACAAAGUUGAAAACGUUUCAGUUCUGAAGAGAUUUAGCAUACUUUUGAAACAUGAAAAUCUUCACUAUACUCUGUUUGAUUCUAAAUACAGGGGUGGGGGGAUUCUUACAGGUGCAAUGGCUACCCUGUCUACUGAAAGAUGAGCACGUAUGGAAAAAUAAUGACGGCCACACGGAAACUAAAUACAUUCACAAAGACGUGGUGCUUCAGUUUGGCAACUCAGGGGAUAGCUUCUUGUUUCCUGACAGAAUCACUUUCAUGGUUGCAGCAUCUAAGGUCGACAUGAGGAAGUAUGUGGAAGGUCCGGUGGAUCAGCUGAGGUGCGAAAUCCACAGAUACAGCAAAGGGAUGAGUCGUGUUCGCUGGCCCAGCCUGGGAGGGACGGAGCAUGACAUCUGGUUCACCUGUACACUGCGUCACAUCGCGGGCCUCUUUAACAUCACCUCCUACCUCAGAAUCACUCCAGCCACCACCAUGUCUCCCCACCAGCCAGACUUCCACAGCUGGGUCACACUGGCGGGCAAAGACAAGCUAAGAGCCUCAGCUGUGAUGGUGCUCAUGACCCGCUCUCCAUCGGUGUUGGUGGGCCUGCAGGGGAAGCAGACCCUGCACUGUGAGUUUGCCGUGGACCACAAGGUGCCUGACCUUACAGUGGAGUGGCAUCUAGACCCAUUCCGCGGGCGCCGGACCAGGCUAUUCCGCUACUCCAGACGCUCUGGCCAGACUGAGGGCAGUGGGGUGGCAGUGAAUGGCAUUGCCAGGGGGAGCGCCUCGCUGACUGUGCCCCUCACUGGGAGGAGCAGUGAAGGGACGUACUGGUGUUCGGUCCAAGUACCCCCACUCAAUGGGAGUUUGGCCAUUGGUUUGCACAUCAUGGUGCCUCCCAGUGUUUCCAUGACCAUAGAGCAGAGCCUGAUCCCCAGGGUGGUGUGUAAGGCCGACCGCUAUUAUCCCCUGGACGUGGAUAUUGAACUUUUCAAGGAGACCGGUAGUGGUGAACUCCCUAAGAAACUGGGGAACGUCAGUCACUACAAACACACUGAGCACAGCGAAGGCACCUUUUCUCUGUCAGCCUUUGUCCGGCUGCGGCCCUCCCCUCUUGAGUCGGAGUGUGGAAUAUAUUCCUGUAGAGUCAAACAUGUCUCCCUGCCAGGCCUGUACAUCCACAAGAGCAAAACGGACCCAGGGUGUUGGACUUGGAUUCACCUGACUUCACCUGGAUUGAUAUGUCUUUUUGCUGUGAUCAUCAUUUUCAUAGCUGUAGCAAGACGCUGUUAUUGAUCUAUUUGCAAGUCAGUAACAUGACGAUGAAAGACAAACGCAAGAAGAUAAAAAAGUCUCCACCUUCCCUGCACCUGAAAAUACACUUGUAGUUCAGUUCUGCAUUUGGACAGUUGGGUGUGUGUAGUAUGAUGUUGUUCUUUUUUUAAUUUAUUUAAAUAUUGCAUGUAAUUAUUUAUUGAACUGUUACUAUGCUGUUUCAAUGGGGUGGGGUUUAACAUUUGUUCUAUACUUUUUGGUAUUUAUUAUACAGAGAAGUUGACUUGGAAGAAUUAGCAAUUCAUCUCAACACCAAAUGGUGAAUUGUAGUUUUUAUUUUGGGGGGAUCGAUUUACCUGCUUGUAAUGUUGGGGGGACAUGUCCCUCCCGUUUCUAUACUCUUGACUGUAUGCAAGUAAAAUACCAUGGUAGAAUGAUAUUUAGUGAAAUACUUUCCAUCAAUGCAGUGGUUGACCAUGACUUCCUUAUCUUGACUUGCACAGAAGAAAAUGGAAAGGUACACCCAAACUUUGGGAAAGCAAGAGACAGGAAAGAUAUAAAAAAAAAGGGAAUGUGAGUUGAUGGAGGAGAGAGAAAUGGCAGAAAUUGUCAAGGAUGAUCAGUGGAAACUGAAGGCACCACUAUGUUUAGUCAAUGUUUGGUAGGAACUGUUUUUAUAUGUUAUUAAAAAGGUAGGCAGGUGUGGGAAUUUGCGGAAA